AUAAAAAGGCCUAGCUGUGGAAUGAGGCUACUACCAUCAUCACUAAUCUCUCUUUCAACAAUGACAAACUUGAAGCCUCUAAUUCUCUUAGCCAUUAUUGUUAUGAUUUCAAUACCAUCAAGCCACUGCAGAACCUUGCUUCCAGAAAAUGAAAAGCUGAUAGAGAACACUUGCAGGAAGACCCCCAACUACAACGUUUGCCUUGAGUCUCUGAAGGCAAGCCCUGGGAGCUCCAGUGCUGACGUCACAGGGCUAGCUCAAAUCAUGGUGAAAGAGAUGAAGGCAAAAGCAAACUAUGCAUUGAAGAGAAUCCAGGAGCUGCAGAGGGUGGGAGCAGGGCCUAAUAAGCAAAGAAGAGCCUUGAGUUCUUGUGCUGAUAAAUACAAAACGGUUUUAAUUGCUGAUGUUCCACAAGCCACUGAGGCUCUGCAGAAAGGGGACCCCAAGUUUGCUGAAGAUGGGGCUAAUGAUGCUGCUAAUGAGGCUACCUUUUGUGAGGCUGAUUUCUCUGCUGGGAAUUCCCCACUCACCAAACAGAACAAUGCUAUGCAUGAUGUUGCUGCUGUUACUGCCGCUAUUGUUAGAUUGUUGCUCUAAUAAUUCUAGUUGCUGAAACCUAUAUAUAUGCUUAAUUGUAUUAACUAAAUAUAGAUUAUAGAUGUCUCUGCAUCAUGCUGACUUGGUGCCUGUUAACUGUAAUGUGAAAAUACUAUCUUUUUUAUAAAAUGUUGUUAUAUGUAAUAAAAUCCAACCCUCUCGUGAUUCUCACGAGUUUCCCAGA